CUGUUGAAACAAAUGGCUAUGAAGAAUGUCUCUAUAGUGACUGAAUUCAUUCUCACAGGAUUGACAGACCAACCAGAGCUCCAGCUACCCCUGUUUGUCAUGUUUCUGGUGAAUUAUGUAAUAACUGUGGUGGGAAACUUGAGUUUAAUGAGUCUCAUUUACCUAAACUCAAACCUGCAGACCCCAAUGUACUUUUUUCUCUGUAAUCUAUCCUUCAUUGAUUUAUGUUAUUCAUUUGUGUUUACUCCAAAAACACUAAUGAGUUUUGUCUCAGAGAAGAACACCAUCUCCUUUGGAGGAUGCAUGACUCAGCUGUUUUUCUUUGGCUUUUGUGCUCACUCUGAGUGUUAUGUGCUGACAGCCAUGGCCUAUGAUCGAUAUGUAGCCGUCUGUCAACCCCUGUUGUACAUGGUCAUCAUGUCUCCUAGGAAAUGUCCCCUGCUGAUGUUUGGCUCAUACUUGAUGGGGUUUGUUGGUGCCGUUGUCCAUACAGGGUGUAUGGUACGUCUCAACUUUUGUGACUCUAACAUCAUAAACCACUACAUGUGUGACAUCCUCCCCCUUCUCCAGCUCUCCUGCAGCAGUACCUAUGUGGAUGAGCUUGUGAGUUCUGUUAUUGUCAGCACCGUAGUCAUUGCUUCUAGCCUCGUCAUCUUAAUGUCCUAUGCUUUCAUUCUUUUUAAUGUCACUAAAUUGUCAUCAGGUAAGGGUUUGUCCAAAGCCUUGAGCACCUGCAGUUCUCACAUAAUAACUGUUGCCCUGUUUUAUGGAUUUGGUAUGCUCACACACAUCAAAACAUCCUCUGAGGAAUCUGUGGAUCAGGGCAAAAUACUCAGUGUAUUUUGCACAUUUUUGCUGCCCUUGCUGAACCCUUUUAUUUACAGUCUUAGGAAUAAGGAUGUCAAGCUUGCUCUAAAGAGAACUAUGAGGAGAUUCACAGUGAGACAACCACUGGGGCUGCCCUAA